AAUGCCCGACACCUCCAACUGGUGGCCAUGGUGGGCUCCAUCGACAACGACUUCUGCGGCACGGACAUGACCAUCGGCACGGACUCGGCCCUGCACCGCAUCAUCGAGGUCGUGGACGCCAUCAUGACGACCGCCCAGAGCCACCAGAGGACCUUCGUUCUCGAGGUCAUGGGGAGACACUGCGGGUACCUGGCCCUGGUGAGCGCCCUGGCCUGCGGCGCCGACUGGGUGUUCCUCCCCGAAUCCCCCCCGGAGGAGAACUGGGAGGACCAUCUGUGCACCAAACUCUCGGAGGUAACUCACGCUGUCCCGUCGCCACUGGUUACCGGUGGUUUCGGUUGCUAUGGCUUCCAUCAGGACUCCCUAACGGCCUUUAGAAAAGCUUUCAGUUUGGAAGGCACUUGGAGCAAGUGAGAACUUUGAGGAGGCCGAGGCGGGGAGGGGUCGCUGGAGGUCAGGAGUUCGAGACCAGCCGGAG